GUGAAAAGGUUGUGGCAGCAACUGUUGACAAUGCAGCCAACAUGGAUGUAGCCAUCAAACAGCUGAGCAUCCUGAAAUUUCCAUGCUUUGCCCACACGCUCAAUCUGGGAGCGCAGAAGCUGUACAAUUGCACAACAAUUUCAAAUUGGGCAGCACGAGUUCGAGCAGUGAUAGUUUGGAUGAAGAGGUCACACAUGGCAAAAGUUGUUCUAAAAGAGAAACAAGGCCUGCUCAAGCUGCCCAAGCACAUGCUCCUCCUGGAUGUAAGGACCAGGUGGAAUUCCCUGUAUUUGAUGAUGGAGAGAUUCUGUGAGCAGUUCCCUGCUAUCCAGGCGGCAGCCAUAGACCCACGUAUACGAAAGUCCAUGGAGAAGGAAAGGUUAGCCAAAAUAGGCAAUGAGGACUUGGGAAAAGCAGAGGCCUUUGUGCAGCUCAUGCGGAAGCAUUACACAUCCACACUGGCUGUCUCCAGUGAGAAAAGUCCAACCUGUGGGGAGAUUUUGCCCAUCUUGCAGAAGCUGGAGCAACAGUACACUGUGCAGGAAGGUGAAUCUGCUUUCACAAGGAGCAUCAAAGAGAACAUUUGGAAUGAUCUCUCCAAACGCUACCAGGGAGCUGAUAUUCGGAGAUUCCUGGAGGAAGCCACCAUUCUGGAUCCCAGAUUUAAAUACAAAAUUAAAAGUGAUGAAGUCUGGGACAGGAUCAGGGAAGCUGCAAUUAAAGGGAAUACAGUGGAAGCAACAGAUGAGCUCCCUGAAGAAGGCUGCAAAGAUGGGGAGGAGGAAGAAGAAGAAGAAGAAGAAGAGGAUGACUAUGCACUGCCACCACCAUCAAAAAAGACAGCCUUGGAAGAACUGUUCGAUGAGGAUGAAGACGAGCUGCGGUCAAUUUGUGAAACAAAGCCUGGUCUUUCCUUAGCCCAGAGGGUAGAUCAGGAAAUACAGCUCUAUAAAGGCUUGCCCUCCAUCCCCUGCAGGGAUAGCGCCACACUUUGGUGGUGGAACAAGGAAGAUACGCUGCCCUUGCUAUCUGGACUGGCUGAAAAAUACCUCUGUGUUCAGGCUUCCUCCACCCCAUCUUAGAGGGUGUUCUCUACGGCUGGAAACACCUUAAGUGCGGAAAGAUCCCAUAUCCUUCCAGAAAAGGCAGAUAUGCUAAUCUUUCUGCAAAAGAACUGUUAAUUUUCCCUUUUACUAAGUUAUUACGUUUGUUCUUGUUCAUUUUUCAUUUAAAAGCAGAUGUUACUCAAGUUUCACAUUUCCUGUGGACAUCUUUAUCUUGUUGAGUUUGUAAGAUUGUGCAAUAGUUUAGUAAACAAAGUUGA